AUGGCAGCCGCUACAGCUGUCAGAGUAGCACCCAAUGAGAAAACACUGGCCCUUUUUAUAGGUGGUGAGCCGUACAUAUGGUCGCAAUCCGACGAGGAUUCAAGUUUGACGCUUCAAGCUUGUUUGCCACGAAACACCAAGGCAAAAGACGUCCAAGUCGAUUAUUCUGAUGAUCACGUAGUAGUGACGAUACUUGAGAGUAAUGUCCGUGUACAGGGAAAGCUAUAUGGUUCGAUCAACAAGCACGAUCUAGUUUGGCAAUUGGAAACCACUCCCAAAGAUGGUAGAAGAGUCUUGACUGUUAACAUGGAAAAGCUGGUUGAAACAAGAUGGCCUACGCUGAUAGUAGAACCAAUCAAUGGCAAUAUCGAUCCACAUUCUCUGUAUCUAUUAGCCGAAGGAGAUCUAGCCAGUGCCCGAAUCUCAACAAACCAGGCUGAAUCGCUGCAGUUUAACAUUGACGCACUCGCCAAACUGACAAAAGCAGCAGAACAAGACAACAUCCCCGCUAUACUACGAUUAGCUGCAUGGUAUCAAUUUGGCGCUGAAGCAUCGAAUGCCAUUCCUGUGAAGAAAGACUUGGAAAAGGGGUUUGAAUUACAUUUGAAGGCCGCUGAAUUAGGAAACUGUGAAGCUUGUUACAUAGUAGGAUGCUCGUUCGCCAACAUAUCAGGUGACAGUAUCAAAGUAUCGUAUCCUGAUGCUAUAGUAUGGUGGACGAAUUGCCUGAACUAUGAUGAUCACUUGGCUGAUCAUUCUCGAGCUUUGUAUGUGUCAGCGGCAUGGCAGGCAGGGCUCUUGCUGCUAAAAGGUGGCGAUAAGCUCGGAGAUCCAGCACCCGAGAAGGCUCUUACGUAUUGGAAGAUAUCUGGGAGUCAGGGCCAUCCGCCAUCCAUGUAUAAUAUAGGACUGUUGCUUAUGAAUGGAUGGGGGACCGCAACUACUGACGUUGCGGCUGGCGUGAAAUUAAUUGCUUCGGCGGUCAGUAUAGAUCCCAGCAAGGUCCUUACACUUCCACCUCAACUUGAAGGUCUGACUCCUGUAGAGCUCGAGAAACUGAUAGAAAUGGCGCGAGAGAACAAGGAAGAGCUCGUUCAUGUGCUCGUUGAUAAAGUGAAGGCUGAACAAAAAGCUGCUGAAGACAAGACACUGAAAAAGAAGAAGAAGAGGAAGUCUUCAAAGAAAGUGGAUCAAACUGGUCUUUCCACGACUACUAUUGUGGUUGGAGUUGUAGGAGUAGUUGCACUCACUGCAGCAGUGGGAUACCUCGCUUAUCGUUAUGGCGAACGCCGUACCUCAUAA